AUGUCGACCGACGCCAUGGAGCAGGCCUUCCUCGACGGCACCCACCCCGCCCUCACUCGAGACGCCGACGCCGCCGCCGUCCUCCGGUCCAACUCGCCCACUCGCUCUCGCUCCCCUUCCCCAGCACCUUCCUCCAGCUCUCGAGACGACAACGGCGACGACGACGACGGUCCGCGCUUCUCGGCCGUCGACCCGGACCCGCCGACGGGCGGGACGCCGCCCCCUCGCCAGGCCGGCGGCGGCCGCAGGGGCGCGAGCAAGAACACGGGCGUCAAGGGCGUCCGCGAGGACUACCGCGAGCACCUCGCCCAGCAGCAACAGCAGCAGCGACAAGGCGCCGACGCCAUGCUCGCCAAGCAGACGCAGCGCAAGAUGGUCAUCUCGCUCGCGGCCGACGCCAACUCGCGCGACGAGGCCGACGGCGACGACGACGAGCUCGCGGCCCUGAGGCGGCGCCGGCUCGCCGAGCUGCAGGGCAGCGCCGAGCGCACGGGGAGGAACGGCGGCAGGACGUUCGGGCACUUGCGCGAGGUCGGCAUGGAGCAGUUCGUGCAAGCGGUCGAGGACGAGGCAGACGAGACGGCCGUCGUCGUGCACCUCUACGAGCCAGAACUCGCCCUGUGCGCCCUCCUCAACUCGCACCUGGCUGCCCUCGCUCGCGUGUACCCCGCCACCAAGUUUGUCCGCGCCCAGGCGUCCGAGGUCGACUUCAUGUCGUCCGACCUCGACGCCGACACGCUCCCGACCGUGCUCGUGUACCGCCGCGGCGAGCUCGAGACGACCUGGAUCCGAUUCGACCUCGACCUCGAGGGUGCGGUCCUGCGCGAUGGCGAGCGGGGCAGGAAACAGGUCGAGGAGAUGCUGAGCAACGCCGGCGCCAUCGCUGGCUCGCCUCACGCGCCCUCGCCAUAUGCUUCCUUCGGCUCUCUACGCGGCAACGGUCGAGCUGGUGCGGCCGAUGACGACGACGACGAGUGGAGCGCGCCGUUACCAGUCGAGGCCUCGAGCCCCUUUUAGACGCGUCCACUCUCUUCUCUCGCACGCUGUUGUAGAUACCCUCCCCGCCAUCGC